AUGUUCUUCUUCGACCGCCGCCUCUUUACCGUCCACAAUGCCCUCUUCCUUUGCAGGCUCGCCGGCGUAAUCGGCGGAUGUCGCACAGUCGUCCAGCUAUCCAUUCUGAUCUACCACGACAACCUUCCGUUCCUCUGGGACUGCUUGUAUCCCUUCUUGUGCGCCACCGUCGCCUUAAUCGUGCAUCUCCUUGGCCUCCCGACCCGCGCCAGAGCCGACCGGCUCACAAUCAUCCUCUGGAUAGCCACGCUAGCUUUCGGCGCAAACGUCUUUAUCAAGCACAACACGGAGCCGAGUUUCGUCCAGCGCUAUCUGGAGACGGCAGGUUGCACGCUGCACACGAAGUACCACUACGAACCGGACGGAGUCGUCACCUGGGACAGCUGGGCGACGGGCCGCUGGUGCCAGAGCACCUACAAGCAGAGCAUGACCAUUGGGCGCGGACAGCGCAAAUACGUGGAGCAGAGCGAUCGCUGCUAUUCGUUUUGCGCGUACCAUGUGGCGGAGCAUGGCGGCCGACUGCACGGCUUCAUGCCCACCUCACCUGCCGACCGCGUGCCGGAGAGCAGAUUCUGUGAAGGGGAGCAGACGUAUUACGGGAACUGCCCGGAGCAUCCGAGGUUUGAUAAAACACGUCGGCUUGUCCUACUGGCGAUCCGAGAUGCCGAGAUUCCCGUGAAGAAUGUGUCGGCGGGCAAAGGCUUGCACUCCAUGACGGAUGAUUAUGGAGAUCUCGAGACAUGA